UUGAUGUUUUGCUGCAGAAAAAUCUACUUCUAUUCUUCUUGCCAAAGUCUGGUCAAGUUCUUGUUGUUUUGUUCAAUUCUAAUACUGAAACAACAACUAAGUUACAUAGGCCUACACAAAAGGCUGCCAUCUGGUAUCAGAGUUGUUGGUUUGUAGAAGCAAUAUCAGGUGCAAGGUGAAGAAAGAAAAUCCUUAAAACUCCAUGGAGGCCACAAUUCCAAUUUUUGAUGGUGAGAACUACGAGUUUUGGAAUGUGAAGAUGAAAACUAUAUUUCUAUCUAUGGAUUUGUGGGAUACGGAACAGAAUACGGUAUAGAAUAACCGGGGGAACCAAAAGGAGAAUGCUAAAGCGCUUUCUCUAAUCCAGCAAGGCGUCUCAGACUGGAUCUUUGAAAAAAUCAUGAAAGUUGAAACAGCGAAAGAAGCUUGGGACAUUCUUCUAAAGAAAUUUCAAAGAGCGGAAAGGCCAACUCUAUCUUUUAACAAAGCACUCGCAACGGUGAUAGUACCCGCGAACAUCUUAAAAUCGAAGCAAACCAAUUUGAUAGUGGCUACACUGAUAGCAACGGUGACCUUCGCAGCAGGUAUCACCAUGCCUGGUGGCUACGUUAAUGAUAACAAAGACCCGAACCAAGGAAUGGCAAUUCUAACAAGAAAAGCAGCUUUCAAAGCUUUUGUGAUAACAGAUACCAUUGCCCUGACAUUAUCCAGUUUUGCAGUGCUUAACCACCUCGUUACUAUGACUGACCACCCGAUUUUACUAAAGCAGCAACUUGCUUUAGCUUUUCUUUGUACUUCUAAUGCUAUGAUUGCAAUGUUGGUGGCAUUCAUUACAGGGACAUAUGCUGUGUUAGCAUCUUCAAGCCUUUCUAUUUUUGUUUGGGUAAUCCCUUCCAUUCUGUCGUUCAUGUAUCUGUUUUCCGGGAUGAUAUUUUUCCCUCUAUGGAUGUACCAAGACAUGCCAGGGCUCUGUAGUUUAUGAUUUGGGAUUUGCCGAUUUGAGCUCUGGUGAGUGCACCAAAUAUGUAUCAGUUUCAGUAAUUACGUAAAUAAAAUCUAUGCUUAUUGUUCCAUUGGCUUGCAAGUAAAAUAAAGAUAC